AUGUCGACGCUGCUGGAGGCGAAGCCCAAGCCCCUGGCCCAGAAGUGGGGGUUGGGCAGGGCGAGGCCGCGGCUGCGGCCGGUGCUGGAGGCCCGGGGGCUGCCGUGGGCGGAGGUGUUGCCGAUCCUGCGGGCGUUGCACCCCGCGGAGCUGCAGCAGGCGCUCGAGGAGCCGGAGCAGCUCGUCGACGGCCUCGGCGGCCGGCCAGAGCCCCUCUGCAGCCAGUGGGGCAUCCUGCUGGCCCGCGCGGGGCUGGAGCCCCUGCUCCAGGGGGCGCAGGUGGACUGGCAGGAUGUCGUCAGGGUCCUGGGGGCCUGCUCGCCGGACGACCUGGCCUCCGCGGCGCGGGAGCCGAGGGAGUUCCUGGACAGGCUCGACGCCAAGACUGGCGGCGAGGUGGCCAGGCUGUGGGCCGUGGCGAAGCUGCGGCGCUGCGUGGAGCCGCUGCUGCCCGAGGGGAACAGCUGGGAGGACAUCGUGCCCGCCGUGCUUGCGAUCGACACGCUGAAGCAGCUGCGCUCCUUCAUGGAAACGGGCGCGGAGCUGCUCCUCUGGAGGCUCCAGCACGAGUCCACCUGGCCGCCCUCGAGGCUCUUCGCGCUGCCGCGGCUCCGGCCCACCCUGGAGCCCCACCUGCCCCAGGGCGUGCGCUGGGCCGACUUCCUGCGCGUGCUGGAGGAGCUCCCCGCGGACGACGAGUGGGAUGGACUGCCGGCACUGCUGCGCGACCCCGGCAAGUUCCUGCUGAACCUGAUCGAGGACGGCGUGCGGCCGGGGGCCCUCCCGUGGGCCGCCGUGCGGCUGCGCCCGCGCCUCGACCGCGAGCUGCACCGGCGCGGGGUGCUGUGGGAGGAGGCGCUGCCGGCGCUCCUCGCGCUGAGCAUCGCGGAGCUGCGCGAGGCGUGGGGCAGCCCGGCCCCCCUGCUCCUGAGGCUCCAGGACGGCCCCGAGGGCAUCCUGCCGCCAGGGGCGCUCUGA